UAGUUUAGCAAUCCUCUGCUCUUCUCACUCACGCACCACCAAGUUACCAACUGCUAGCUAUGGUGGCCGUCGUCACCACCGCUUCGAGCUUAGCGCUCCACCGGCCCUUGCUAUCACCGCCCAUCGCUGUAAAUCCCAUCCGCAACUCGUCUUCCUUCUCUCCCAAAGCCUCUUUCUCCAACAAUUUCCUCCCUCCCUUCUCCGGUGGCAGCGUCUCCGCCGACUUCUCGGGCCACAAGCUCCGUCCAUCGUCUCUCAAUCCGGCGUCUUUUCCUCGCUCCAAGGGCAAGCGAGGUGUUGUCACCAUGGUUAUUCCAUUUUCAAGGGGUAGUGCAUGGGAGCAACCUCCUCCAGACUUGGCAUCUUACUUGUACAAAAACCGGAUUGUUUACUUGGGCAUGUCUCUUGUUCCUUCCGUCACAGAAUUGAUACUGGCUGAAUUUUUAUACCUUCAGUAUGAAGAUGUUGACAAGCCUAUCUAUCUAUACAUAAACUCCACUGGAACAACCAAGGGCGGCGAGAAGUUGGGUUAUGAGACUGAGGCUUUUGCGAUUUACGAUGUUAUGAGGUAUGUCAAGCCACCUAUAUUUACUCUGUGUGUUGGAAAUGCUUGGGGAGAAGCAGCCUUACUUUUGGCUGCUGGUGCUAAGGGAAACCGUUCUGCUUUGCCCUCAUCAACAAUCAUGAUAAAGCAGCCAAUUGCCAGGUUCCAAGGUCAAGCAACUGACAUUGACCUAGCGAGGAAAGAAGUGAAGAAUGUGAAGGCAGAGCUGGUUAAUCUCCUUGCAAAGCAUGUUGGAAAAUCACCUGAGCAGAUUGAAGCUGACAUCAGGCGCCCAAAAUAUUUCAGUCCCAGUGAAGCAGUUGAAUAUGGCAUCAUUGAUAAGGUACUAUACAAUGAAAGGAGUUCUGAAGACCGGGGAGUUGUCUCUGACCUGAAAAAGGCGCAACUUAUCUGACACAGGGAAAGCAUGAUUAUCGCAUGGAGUAUUCAGAUUGAAGUUUAUACAAAGAUCAGCUUCCUGAUAGCCAGAGCAAGUUGCCCUGUAUGAGAAGAAAUAUGAGCAUAAAGUGGCUGAUAGAGACAGCCAUGGAAAUCCCAUAAGAGUGGAGAAAACUCAAACAAUUGGCAGUUUAGUUCAUGUAUGAACCCCAAAGGAUGUAUUCUAGUCCGACCAUGUCCUUCUUGAUGUCAAAAGGUGUAGCUCAAGUGUACCUAUGUGUAAUAACUAAUUUUUAUGGUGCUCUUUAUUAUUAAUGAGACGUUAAAAUUUGAAUCAUGUUUUAAAA